UAUUUCCUAAAAGUCGAAAACACAAAUUUAAAUUUUAACUAUUAGGCAAUAGCCAGUUGUAGGUAUAUAGUUGAAUGAGUUACGAAAAACAAAAUGUAUCAUAUUGUAUUGAAAUAUUUAAAUUUCCAAUUCGAAAUACUCAGGAUUCGGUUGAAAUAUAGAAUAAUUUAAAUAUUUUAGUUUUAAAUGUGUAUAUUAUUUAUUAUUUAUUACGAUCACAAAUUCACCACUCAGAAUCGUUUUUAAUUAAACAUAUUAUAUACCUAUUAAUUCAUCAAGAUACAUCAAGAUGCAAUUAUUUUACAUUAUUGUUGUUAUUAUGAUGAUUACAUCUUCUAAUGCAGAUUGUGGAUGUAAUACAAAUCGCAUUAAAACAAACACUAAAGAAGAUGUUUGUACAUCAUCAGCAACAAGUAAUUCGGAAACAUUAGAAUCGGAAUUAGAAUCUAUGAUUUUAAUCAAAGGACAGAAUUUUACAAUUGGUACUGACAAACCAGAAAUUGUAACUGAUGGAGAAUCUCCAUCCCGUACUGUGUAUUUAGAUGAUUAUUUUAUUGAUAAAUAUGAAGUGAGCAAUUUAGAAUUUAAAAAAUUUGUUGAAAUAAUGGGAUAUCAAACAGAAGCAGAGGUAUUCGGAGAUUCGUUUGUAUUUCAAUUAUUUCUCAGUAAAACUACAUUAAAAUCCAUAACACAAGCUGUCAAGGAUGCUCCCUGGUGGGUACCAGUCAAAGGUGCUAAUUGGAAACAUCCUGAAGGGAAAGAUUCUGAUAUAAGUGAUAGAGAAUUACAUCCUGUUGUACAUGUUAGCUGGAAUGAUGCCACAGCAUUUUGUAAUUGGGCUGGAAAAAGGUUACCAUCUGAAGCUGAAUGGGAAGCUGCUUGUAGAGGUGAUCUCAAAGAUAGACUCUAUCCUUGGGGAAAUAAGCUUCUUCCAAGUAAUAAGCAUAGAACGAAUAUUUGGCAAGGGGAAUUUCCUUUCAAAAACACUGCUGAAGAUGGUUGGGCAACUACGGCUCCAGUAAAUACGUUUCCAAAAAAUGGUUAUGGUCUUCAUAACAUGGUAGGAAAUGUAUGGGAAUGGACUAAUGAUUUUUGGAGUAUAGAUCAUGACCAAAGUUUUACUGUAAAUCCAGGUGGUCCAACAGAAGGAAAAGAAAGAGUUAAAAAAGGUGGGUCAUACUUGUGUCACAAAGAGUAUUGUUAUCGUUAUCGAUGUGCUGCAAGAAGUCAAAAUACACCAGAUAGUUCUGCAUCAAAUCUUGGAUUUAGAUGUGCAAAGGAUAAAUAAUAUUUUGAAAACUGAUAUCAUAAACAAACAUUUGUGUUUAUUUUUUCAAGUAUGAAAACUAAUGUUUAAUAAUUGUAUAUACAUUACAGUACCAUCAAAUGUUAUCUUUAUAGAAAAUAUUCCUAUCAAUUAAUAUAUAUAUAUUUUUUAUAAAGUAUUAAAUUUGUUUAUACAUCA